UGUGGCAGCACUUUCUCCACAUGUUCAAUAUCCACUUUCUCCAGGUCCUCCGCCUGAGCCUGCCGUGCUGCUCGUGCCGCUGCUUCUGCAGUACAAGCGUAAGGAAAGAGUUGUUAGAGGGGUCUUAGAGAUGUUAGGUGUGUGGUCCCAACGAGGUGUCGGGGGCUGGUUUUCUGGGAGGAGGACGCAGUCCCAGGGAACAAGGUGGCCCAGCUCCCUGGAGGAGGCUGUUCACCAGCCUGGCGAGGAAGGUGUAAAACUUCUGUUGCAUGGUCUUUGCUCCAACACCACAGUCAAAUCUUUAGAUUUGAAGGGAAAUAACCUGCGAACCAUGGGAGCUGAGGCUUUGGGAAAACUUCUUAGGCAGAACAAAUCCAUCAGGAGCCUAAUCUUGGAAUGGAACAACCUUGGCAUGUGGGAGGAGGGCUUCUCCUUUUUCUGCCACGGACUGGGAGCAAACAACUUUCUCCAGCGGCUAGAUCUGCGCAAUAACCAGAUCAACCAUCAAGGGGCCGGAGAGCUGGCCAUGGCACUGAAACAAAAUGCUAGCCUUCAGGAGCUGGAUUUGCGUUGGAAUAAUAUUGGGCUUCUGGGUGGCCGAGCUUUGCUGAACUGCCUGCACAGCAACAAGACCCUGAAGAGGCUGGAGCUGGCUGGGAACAACGUUCCUAGUGAUAUCCUGAAAGCUGUGGAACAAGCCAUGGAUCACAACCAAGACCGUCAGACUAUCCUGAGUGAGACCCAGAACCGAGCAUACAUACUCAGCAAGGAGGUUUUGAGUCUGAAGGAUGAGAAGACCAAGCAGUUCUUGGAUUUGAUGGACACUAUAGACAAGCAGAGAGAAGAAAUAGCCAGGAGUGGCAGGAUGUCUGCAGCACGAGUCAGCCAGCUACAGGAAGCAUUGGAUGAGCAGCACUCCAUUAUGAAUUCACUGAAAGCCAAGCUGCAGAUGACUGAAGCUGCCCUGGCUCUGUCUGAGCAGAAAGUGCACAAUUUGGGAGAGCUGCUGAAUGCCACAAAAGAGGAACAAACCAGCAUGGCUGAGCGCCACUUUACAGAGCUCCAGCAGCAAAAGCAGGAAGGUGCUGAUCGGGAAGGCAAGCUUUUGCGUGACUUGUCUGCUGCCAGUGAGAAAAAUCUGCUUCUAAGAAACCAGGUGGAUGAGUUGGAGAAGAAGUGCAAAGUUCAGCAGGAUCAGUUAUUCCAGGUAAAACAAGACUUGACCAACACAACAGCAGAGCUGAAGCUGCGGGCCGUGCAGGCUGAAGAACGCCUGGAAAUGGAGAAGAGAAGAUUUAAACAAAGCCUUGAAGACAUGGAGUCCCUUCGGUUAAAAGAGGUGGAUCAUAUGACACAGCACAUUGAGGCCAGUGAACGCUCCAUGCAGGACAGGAUCCAGAGGCUGGAGGCCAUCAGGAUAGCUCUGGAGGAGGAGCUGAGCCAAGUCAAAGCAGCUGCACUCACUGAGCGAGGCCAGGCAGAGGAGGAGUUAAUAAAAGUCCGGAGUCAGGCACGGUUGGAGGAGCAGCAACGACUAGAACACCUAGAAGAGAAGCUGCGGCUGAUGACUGAGUCACGGGAUGAAGCUCAGAACUGCUGCCUUAAGCAAAAACAAAUGGUUGCUGAGGCCCAGGCCAAAGCCAAUCAGUUGAGCCUGCAUGCUGAUGGACUCAGAAGGCGGCUAGAGGAACUUCAGCAGGACCUGAACAGUAAAGAAGAGGAGAAAGUGACAGAGGUGAAUAAAGUGAAGGUGGAAUUACAGGAGCAGAUUGGACACCUGCAGGCUGAACGCACAGCACAGGAAGGGCUGAGAGAGAAGAUUGCAGCCCUGGAGAGACAGCUGAAAGCCCUAUCAAGUAAUCACCGCGAGGCACUGCUGGACAAAGAAGGUGAAAUCUCUAUGCUGCUGGAGAAGCUGAGAAUGAAAGAGGCUGACAUCUCCAGGAUGAGGGAAGAGGAGGCCCAGCGAGCAAGUUUCUUGCAGAAUGCCAUCAUGGCAUAUGUGCAGGGCUCCCCCUUGGGAGCCCACGGUUCUAGGAAGUGAGAGCAUGGCUUAAAGAAUCCAGAUACCUGCUGUCAGGAAGAGGGUGAGCAACUCAGGUACAGCCCCUUCUUUCUAAGUGGGACAGUUUUGUCACAGUGGGGUGACACGAAGGCUUGCAAACACAGAAAAUCACUCUAGCUCUUCAGAAAUCUUGCUCCUGACCGCAUAAAGGAGAGGAGGAAACAACCGCCCAGGGCUGGGAUAGAGGCUCGUGGGUCUGAGUUCACGAUGCGGAGCCCUUCCCCUGCACUGCUACAGCAUUUGAAGUCAUUUCUGUGUCCUUUUAUACAGCACCAGUCUGUUGGCACACCCUGUUGUUACCAGGGGGUUGUAUGUUCCCUGGGCAGCGGUCAUUCUGAAGCAUUUGUUUGGAUGCCAGGGCUGUUCACAGUGAAACCUGAUAAAUGACGGGCAGCAGUGUUUACAGUUCCCUGUAGGUGGGAGCCAUUUACUUUGCUCAUGGGGUCCCGAAGCUGCUGGAAACACCAGAUCUUACCCUCCUGUGCUUUUAUACCCAGUGCUUACAGAUGGAAGCAGCGGCUGACAGGGCUCACUUUGGCUCUUCUACCCUGCCGCUCCGUGGCUCUGGCCGUAGUGAUGGGCACUAGAUACGCAUUAUAUGGAAACAGCUA